AAACAAUAUUCUUACUUAUUGUGAAUGUUGUGGCGAAUUCGCUGCUCACCAUGGAAUUUUUGAAACUCUUUACUCUAACAAUUAUUAGGAAAAAUGGCAUUCGCUCAUCAAUUGUAAACCUGCUGGGCAUCAUUACUCUGGUUUACUGUCUUAUUUACUAUUAUACAAAAGUUGGAAAAUCGCCAUACAAAACCAAACUGGAACACGGAAUGAUGAGAAAACGAAUCCCGGACGCCCUGAUAAUUGGAGUCAAAAAAGGAGGAACGUUCGCAAUGGCUAAAUUUCUUCAGUACCACCCAGAAGUGAAAAUUGCUGUUAAAGAACGCCACUUUUUUGAAAACGACAUCAAUUACGCAAAAGGACUUCAGUCUUACAUUGAAAACAUGCCACUAUCUGGCCCUGAGCACCUAGUCAUCGAAAGGACUGCAACUUAUUUUAACAAAUUCACAGUUGCCAAAAGGGUUCAUGAUGCAAAUCCGAAUAUGAAGUUGAUUUUACUCGUUCGAAACCCAAUAGACCGUCUUGUCUCCGACUUUUUAGAAACGCAGCUAUACUCGCAUCAUCAUUGGAGCGACUUUAAUAAUUUGGUGACAAAAACCUAUAGCGAUGGCCGGUUUGAAGUGCAUGAUAAUUUGUGGGUUGGAGUGGACAUUGGAAAGUAUGAUAUACAUUAUCAAAACUGGGCACAGUACUUCCCGCCGAGUCAAAUGCUUGUAGUGUCAAGCGAGAAAUUUGUCGAGAAACCUUGGGAAGAAUUGGAACGCGUACAGAAUUUUUUGGGAAUAUCAAUUCAAAUAACCAAGAGCAAUUUCUCAUCAAACACUGGAAAUUUUUGGAAUAUUUUUUGCGGUCCGACAGGGAAGUCGACAUGUUUGUUUGAAAACAAAGGCAGAAAGCACCCUGAGCUUAAUGAAACAGUCCGAAUAGCUUUGAAGGACUAUUAUCGGCCCAGAGUUGCAGCGUUCGAAACUAUGGUCGGAAUGAAAUUUGGUUGGCUGGAAGGUUGAAGAUUUUUUUUUAGAAAUAAAGCUUAAUUAACACUUUACAAUGUGAAAGGUGCAAAUUUUAAGGUUAAUUUAAAUGAAUUAUGAAAAAUAUAUUUAUUGCUUGUGGAUCAUGUGCACUAAUCUUAAUAAAAAGUUAAAUGGAUUUGAAACUAUACAAAUUGAGAGUUUAAUUUUGCAAAUCAGGUCAUCAAUUAAACUUCAAUGUGGAUAAAAAUUUCUCGUUUGCUUAAUUUUAAUGCCCAGUAUGCAAUAUUGAUUUACGUUUUGGUGUAUGAGAUUAA